AUGUCCAAAGGUCGCGUUGCGAUGGUGGCCGGGGAUGGCCAGCUACAGCGGAAAGGCACCCCAGUUGCCUUGCUGGACCAUUUCAAGGAUGAGGCUGAGGUGAGAGCUGUUGCAUGCUAUACAGCCAUCAGGGGCCAGAAUGGCUUCCCAGCUCGUUUUCGUUUGAAUCAUCCUUUGAAAAAUCCUGAUUGCGUCGGUAGAGGAGCGCUGGUUGACGCUGGCGAGACCGCCCUGGGCCACGAGGCGAUGCCAUGGGAGGUGAAGCUGAAGGGCAACUUCACCCUAGAUGUGCCGAAUGGCUGGAUUGCGGUCUUGUCCUUGGUCUCGAGCUUCUUCCUACCCAUCGCUCCCGUGCGAAUGGCGCAUCGCUUUCUUGCAAACGUCGUUGUUGGCGACCACGUGACGUGGCACAAGCUCCCCACUGAUACCUGCUUCGAUGAUCGCUGCCCGGCAAAGGACGUCUUUCACCGGAGACUAAUCGCUGAUCAGACUGCGAGUGCGAUGUGCAAUAGAGGGGAGUCGAAAGUAGGUCAAACUCAACAAGACCAUUGCGACCACAACCCGGCAACACCACGCGACCGCGUGGGUGCUGCCGUAUCCGCGCUGUCGGGGCCAUCUUGCUCCGGGACUGGUGUGGGACCACAUGGACAGGUGGAAGGCCAUGAGUUCCGCAAAGAGCCGGAGCGCUCAGACGCAGUGCAACGCGCCGAACCGAUGUCUCCUCUCUCUGCUGCCUCCGCUGCCUCCAUACCAAAGGACAAGUCCUUUGGAGCUAUUUCCGUCGGAGUAAAGUCAGAGGGGGAGAAGUCAGUUGGUGCUCACUCAGUGAAAUCCGCCAUCUCUGGGACCUCACCCAACGGAAGUCGCAAAGAUCGAAAAGGAAACAUCAUCAAGAAGGGCCAGACCUCAAGUCAUAAACUCACCUUUGCCGACCAACUCGGCAACAAGGAAUCUCUGACAGAGGUCCAUGAGGUCAACGACCUCUGGGGGGACCGUGCCCAGAAGGGCUGCAACUGUACGAUCUCAUGA